AUGACCAUGAAUGGUCCAGCCGAUAAUGCACUUAGCAGCGCAAACUUCUCGUGUCGCUACCGCAUCUCAUCGGCUCAUUUGCGCUCCCGUCCUUGUGGAUCUGGACAGUAUGUGCUCUGUAAUAUUAGUGACAAUCUUUUUGCCGUCUGCCGCAUUGCGCUGAACGCUGUAGAUGCUUUGGCACUUAGUCAACAGAUUCAAAUGAACGCGACCGUCACGCUACGACGUGACACGGAGAUUUUUAACAAGUUGCAGUCGUUUUUACUGAUUCCAAGCAAUAGAAUAAGUGAUAGUGAUACGUUGCAAGAGAAUGAACUAUUGUGGAUCUCACGAAAAGCUGUGCGCGUCGCUGUGGCAGUGACACUGGAACUCGUGCCAUUACUAACGUCUCAGUUGCAAGCUCAACUGCUGCAAAACGCUGAUACGCGCUCUUUACUACGACAGACACUACAACGCAAUGUCGUUGUUUGUACAGAAGCAAGAGUUACGAUUCCGAUGCUGGAGGAUCUCGUGGUGAAGAGUAGAAGCGUAAAGGACGAAGAACCAAAGCUGAUGACGUUCCGUGUCGUCUCGACAUACCCUUGUGGAAUCUUCGCACGAGUGACGUCUGGCACUCGUGUAACGCUGACGAAUCCUAAUGGAUGUAGUCGAACCAUCGAAAAGGAUAGAGCAAGUGGUGACUUGACUCGGACAAUUCCAGAAAUGCAACAGUGCAAGGGAGUGGAGAUAGGAGGCAUGGAUGAUGAGCGAGCUGCUUUACGUGAGCUAAUUUUGUUGCCAGUCGCACAUCCGAGACUGCGCUCGGAUAUGGGGGUGGAGUUUCCAAAGGGUGUGCUACUUUGUGGACCACCAGGUGUGGGCAAGACGCUGCUUGUGCGUUCUGUAGUGUAUGAGUGUCGUCAGGUCAAGGAUACGUCUGGAGCGAUGUUAAAUCUAAAGCUGCAAGUCAUUAAUGGAUCUGAAAUCAUGACCAGCGGACGCGGUGACGCUGAGCGAACUCUUCGUGCAACGUUUGAAAUGGCAGUAGCUCACGCUCGCGGUGCCCAACAAGCUGCCAGUGUCAUCUUUAUUGACGAAUUAGAUGCACUCUGUCCAAAGCGCGAAGCUACUGGAGGGGGUGCGAUGUCAGCACAUAGCCGUAUCGUCGCUCAGCUGCUAACAUUAUUGGACGGUGUAGAAAGUGGUCUCUCGCGUGAGAACGUAGUCAUUGUCGCUGCUACGAACUUACCAAAUUCGAUUGAUCCAGCAUUGCGACGCCCUGGACGAUUUGACCGCGAAAUUUUUGUUUCCCCGCCCAAUGUGGCGUUGCGCAAAAAAAUCUUCAAGGUGCAUCUUAAGCAGACACCUUACGCUCUCAGUAGUGGAUCAUCAGAAAGUGUGGAGCAGCUACGUGACUUCUUCCUCGACAUAUUAGCCGCGAAGUCAGUAGGCUAUGUUGGUGCUGAUAUUGCUGCUCUGUGUCGAGAAGCUGCUAUGGUAGCAUCCACCCGGGAACUUGUAGCGCUAUCUCAUGACCGCGAACUUGAGCAAUGGUGGGCAGACUGGAAGCGGAGGGUAGAGCCUCUCAGUGGUGUCCAGAACUUGUCGACAACACUUAGCUCUGUAGUCGCAGGUCGAGCUUGGCAAGCAAACCCGAUCGCAAUCAUUCCGCUGUGGUUCCUUGCUAAACAGACCAUGAAUCGCGACUCUAACAAGAAUGCAGGAAACAAUCAGCAACGGCUACCACAGCUGGAGUAUUUCCGCUUUUUACUAAAAAGCAGAGAAGAGCAAACUUUUGCUUCUUCGUGUCCCAACGAAGACGAGACGACAGUGGUGCAAACUUUUGAAGUGACCAUGGAGGACUUUGACCAAGCUAUGCAGACCGUCGUACCAUCAGCUCUUCGAGGCGUCAGUGGAUAUACGAAAGACUUUGAACGACAAGGCUGGGACAGUAUCGGUGGUCAGGCAGAGACCAAGCUCGCGUUGCAGCAGGCACUUGAAUGGCCCAUCAAGUUUCCGCAGACUUUCGCCCGUCUUGGAGUCAAACCUUCACGCGGCAUAUUACUUUAUGGUCCACCAGGAUGCAGCAAGAGUUCCAUUGUGCGUGCAGCAGCCCAUUCAAGCGGAGCCACCUUUCUUUCGCUAUCGGCUGCACAGGUAUUCUCGCCGUUCUUUGGUGACGCUGAGGCCGCUGUGCGCCAAGUCUUUCGCGAUGCACGUGCAGCACUUCCUGCAAUUAUCUUUUUUGACGAAAUCGAUGUGAUGGUUGCCAAGCGCGAAUUCGGUGGGUCUGGAAACGGAGAGGGUGGAACUUCCACUGCAAUGCGCGUGCUCUCCACGAUGCUCAAUGAAAUGGAUGGUGUUGAAUCAGCAGAAGGGCUUAUGGUCAUCGGCGCAACUAAUCGGCCAACUUGUAUUGAUGCAGCUCUCAUGCGACCUGGACGGUUUGACCGCAUCCAGUUUGUAGACCUCCCGACAACACUGGACCGCGUUGAUAUCUUACGAAUCCACUCGCGUCCAAUGCCGCUACAUGAUGAUGUCGAUCUGAUUGGUUUGGCAAGCCGCACACCAUAUUUCAGCGGAGCCGAACUUGAGAAUCUCUGCCGUGAGGCAGCGCUGCUAGCUCUUCGCGAAUCCCUGGAUGCCAAAAAUGUUCGCAUGUGCCAUUUCGACAAAGCUCUUCGUUGUGUAACCCCCAUAUCAUCAAAAGAGUCAAUGCGUGACUAUAUCAAGUUCGCUAAAGCAAUGGGUCAUGUAUCAUAG